CAAUACCAUUGCAGAUUUAAUCAAUACCUAUAGAGAGGGGGAAGAAGAGGAAGAUGGGGACGGCGGGGGUGGGUGGGGGGAAGAGAAGAAGCCGGGGACAGCGGUGGGGGGUUGUGGGAUGGGGCGGAGGAAAGGAAGAAGCAAGGGAGGGAUGGGUGGAGUGGAGUGGAGAAGGGAGAGUGGGAUGAGCGGGGGACAUGGGAGGGCCGACGAUGGGGCUGAGGGGAGGAGGGUCAGAGAGAGAGAACGGGGGAGGGAUGGCCGGCACGUCGCAGACCGAGGGAGGGGAAUGAAUGGUCGGUUGUAGCGGGUUUAACUGGAGGGUGAAGUAGGGUUAGGGUAGAAUAUAUAGAAUAAUCAGGUGUAGUCUUUUUUUUCCCCCAAAAUUAUCCUAAAGCAAUCUUAACCGUGAGAUAAAAAAAGUGAAAAUAAAAGAAAAUAAAUGGUGGAUAUUAAUGUAGCCACGGUGGCUACUUAAAAUCCAGUUACCACACUGACGCAUUCUCCCUCCUCUCUGAUCACUCUUCGUCUCUCACUUUUACCAAGCUAUUCAAUCUCGUCGACUCUUUUGCCUUUUUGAUUUCUCUGCUCCCUCUCAUGUUGCCUUGUCAAAACAGUUGCUUCCCCUUCUGUCCAUCGAAUCAGUCUCUCAUAUGUUGUUCAAUUAAGCUCUCGUAGAGUCGUAGUGGCUCAAAAUCUGAUUGAAUAUUCUAUUAUUCAAUGCAAAUGAGCAGGUGGGACAAUAACCCGCCGCGCUCUGCCAUUCAGAGCUUGGAUUUGGCGUGGAUGGCGAUCGAUUGGAUGUUAAUAUGGUUCCGAUUCGGCAGCAUCGCCGAUACCGAAUCAGGGGAAUUCUCAUUCGGAAUCAAUAAUACUAAACUCCCUUCAACCAAACCCCUGAUUGCGAACUCCAACACCGGUGGUGAAAACUCUUUGUUCCCUUCACGAAUCACAUCCGCGAGCAUUGCCACGAAACCAGCCAUUUUCGGCAGGAAACUCCGGUUCUGACCGGACUCGUCCUCAACCUAUUAUCACAGAGCGUCCAAGGAACAAUGUCAACUAGAUCCCUUCUUCUCGGCUUUGAUUGCCUUGACGAUUAGCAAAAUUUUGUUUGGUAAUAGUCCUCGACUAAUAAGGAGUUGUGAUGGAUCUGAAUGAGACGAUGGAGGUUGAAGACAAUGGUGGGUUACAACUAGAGAGGUAGGGGGAAGUGCUACGAAUGACGGUGAGGGGUGGGUAGAGAUGAUUCAUUAUAUAAUUAGUUUUAACUUUGUAAUAAUUUUGAUAAUAAGGU